ACCAGGACCGGCAGACGCGAGUCCUGACUGAUCCCAGGCCUGCUCGCUGCACGCAAUCGGACGUGCGUCGCAUAAGACGAGACGCUGCUGUGCGAGCUCCAUAGUGGCGCUCCCACCCCUGCGAUCUUUCCGAUCUGCACUCAGCUUUCAACAAACAUGCUCGCCUUUGUAUCCUGCUGCUGUGGCUGCUUUAGCCGAUGAGGCGGUGGAUGCGUAAUUGCGCCAUGCUUCGGCACGACACGGUGUGUUUUUUCACUCCUCGAGACGUACGGGAGACCUCCGCCAUCGGUGGAAAUUGAGAUGUGUUUUCUGAGCCGCUUGCCUUCUGAACGGAUGCCCUCCAAGUAUAAACCCAAACCGGGCUGCCUUUAUAUAGCAGAGAGCGGAACAAGGGGGACCGGGGAUGUUUCUGGCACCGGACACUUGUGAGAUGAAGGACAAGAAGAAAAAGAAGAAAUGCUGAGUGAUUUUUUUUAACUUGUUUUUGAUGGGGAUCGCAGCACAUCAGUAUGGAUGUGAACCGACAUUGAACGGAUGCUUCCGAGCGGAAUUUAUCCCUGAAUGUGUUUUUUUUUCUGUUAAAGGGGAAGCUGAUCGCGGUGAUUUUGUUUUCCUUUCAGCCUUGACAGGAUACUACCGCUCGUCGAUGAAUUGAUGUGGGGAUACACACGACCUCGGCUGCAUAGAUGGCGAACACAAGUGAGUUCGGGGGGAGCAGCCCGUCCUUACAGAACUAUGCGUCCACGGCCUCUGCGGUCAAGUUGGCCUCCCUGGGUCUGAUCAUGGGCAUCAGUCUGCUGGGCAACGCGUCGCUGUCGCUGCUGCUGCUGAAAGACAGCUCGCUGCACAAGGCUCCCUACUAUUUCCUCCUGGACUUGUGCCUGGCAGACGUGGUGCGCUCCGCCAUCUGUUUCCCCUUCGUGAUGGCAUCGAUCGGCGGCGGCUCCGCCUGGCCGUACAGCGCGCUCAGCUGCAAGAUCGUCGCCUUCAUGUCGGUGCUCUUCUGCUUCCACGUCGCCUUCCUGCUCUUCUGCGUCAGCGUCACCCGCUACAUGGCGAUCGCCCACCACAGGUUCUACUACAAGCGGAUGAAUCUUUGUACGUGCGUGGCGGUGAUCUGCAUGGUGUGGACCCUCUCCGUGGCCAUGGCUUUCCCCCCGGUUUUCGACGUGGGCACUUACAAGUUCAUCCGUGAGGAGGAGCAGUGCAUCUUCGAGCACCGCUACGUGAAGGCGAACGACACCCUGGGCUUCAUGUUGAUGCUGGCCGUCAUCGUGGGGACGACUCAUGUGGUUUACAUAAAGAUGCUGUGCUUCGUCUACGAUCACCGCAAGAUGAAACCGGCUCAGCUGGUCCCUGCCAUCAGCCAGAACUGGACCUUCCACGGCCCCGGAGCCACCGGGCAGGCCGCCGCCAACUGGAUCGCCGGCUUCGGCCGCGGACCCACCCCGCCGACGCUGGUGGGCAUCAGGCAAGCUUCGCACCUCGGCAACAGGAGGCUGCUGGUGCUGGACGAGUUUAAGAUGGAGAAGAGGAUCGGAAAGAUGUACUACAUGAUCACACUGACUUUCCUCAUCAUGUGGGCGCCUUACAUAAGCGCCUGCUACCUGAGAAUAUUUGUGCGGGGAGCGUCGAUCCCGCAGCUCUACCUGACCGCUGCGGUGUGGAUGAGCUUCGCCCAGGCGGGAGCGAACCCCAUCAUCAGCUUCCUGUUCAACAAAGAGCUCCGGAUGCGCCUCAGAGCCUGUUUCUCUUGCUGCCUGGGCACACAGACGCCCAUGGAGCCGUACUGUGUCAUCUGAACCGCACCGGCUCCAAAAUACUGCCAAAGACACAUGUCGUUACAGAAUGUAGGCAGGCAGGGGUGUUGUGGAGGGCGAACCAGUUUACCCACAUUUUUAUUUGUGGCAAAGAUUCUACUUUCUAUUUUAGUUUGACAUGAGCUUCAGUGGCCCAUGAUGUAAAGGAAUGUGGAGCAUAUUAAGGGAAAGAAGCAUAAUCGGAUGCUUUUAUUUAAAAAAUAUAUGUUCGAUCAGCUGGGCACCGUCGUUUGGUCACUUUAUAGGCUAAUUCACCCCUCUGCAUGUACAAGGUGACAUUCAUCCCAGAUAAAAGGCAUAACCUCUAUGACAGUCACGUGUCACAUUAUGUCCUACCUUUGGAGACAUGUUUUCAUUCCUUCUUGAGUACAUCAAUCUUUUAGGUCAGCUACAAUCUUGUACAUGAAUGUAACUUUGGCUAUUUGUUUGUAUAUUUAGAAAUUACAUCCCAGCGCACCCUGUAUUUGAGGUUGUUUGCCUUUUGCAGAGAUGACUGAAACACACAACAGGACCAUUUUAUCAGCUGAUUAAUCUGUGACACACUUGGUUUCUAAUCCUUUUGGAUACCACAAAUGAGAUGCAGAUCUCAGUAUAUUUUUAAUGAGGACAAUGUCGUGUUUGUAAAUACUGUAAAUCCCUUUUCCCCUCUUUCCUUCAGCAUUUUUUAACCAGAUAUGCUGUAUAUUUCAUAAACUCUUAGGGUUCUGUGUGACGAAAAGUUGUUCAAACUCAUUUUAAAGGUAUUUUUCAGAUUCUUAUUGUUUUUCAUGGGCCGGUUGUUUUGAGAAGUGGGUUGAUUCGCGUUACCCGCAGGACAAACAGAACUGAUUCUUUUUCUACAGAUAUGGACAUCGGGACUCUGAAAAUGCUAACAAUUUGGUGCUUUGUAAAGGAUAUUUGCAUUGUUUGUAUUUCUUAGCAAAUAAAUAAGAAAU